AUGGCAACGGCCGGUUACAUACAAAUCACCUUGAUUUGGGUCGUCUACGCCAUCGCCGUGGUCAUUCUCCUCUCCGUCGCAUGUCUCUUCGUCUACCUCUACCAGACACAUCGGGACCGAUCUAUGUUCGUCACCACUGUCUGCAUAUUUACCAUCACAAGUCUCCUAGCAACCGUCCUCUUGCUCCCAGUCGAUGUCGCGCUGGUCUCUAGUACCACAAGCUCAAAGCUGGGCAGACGGAAGGACUGGGCAAGUCAAGGAAAGGUUGACAACAUCACUCUUACCCUCCGGAUCGUCUACUACCUUCUCUACUCGCUCGAUGCGCUUCUCUGCCUCCUCGUCAUUCCCUUCACCUAUUUCUGGUACGAAGAAUACGAUGAAGUCGCCCAAGAGGAGGGUACCCAAACAAUCGGCUCCAGAUUCUGGGCUGCUUUCAAAUACACUCUGGCCUUCGUCUUCCUUUGCGUCGCGCUUUUCCUCGUCGGCUUCUUCGUCCCCGUCGCCCGCCAUAGGGAAGGAGCUCACUUCGACCUUGACUUCUUCAAGAAACUGCUGGCCGAAAACCACGGAGAACGCGCCUUGACCUUUGCGCUAGGUCUCUUAAUCACAAUUGGCAUCCUCAUUUACUGCUUCUAUACUGCGGCGGGCCUUGCACUUCUUCCCCUCACCCUCAUCAAGUCUGCGCCGAGUAUUUCGGCGCCAGCGUUGAGCGAAUCCACUGCCUCCCAAUUAGAAAGCAAUCUCGAGAGGCAGAGACAGCUGGAAGGCCGCGCUCAGGGCAAUCCCGAUGGGUUGUCCUCUAAAGACCAAAGAGAACUGGACGCUCUUGUCCGUGAAGAACGUACUCUUCGUCGUCACCAGCGGCUCGCUGAAGAAGCCUCGGGAAAAGACCAGAACAUUUUUUGGAAAAUUUGGAUCAAGCUGGGCGCGACUCUUCGACCUAUCAAGCUCAUACUCGGAAUCCUGCUGGUGAUCAUUGUGCUGUUGAUUUUCGCCAGCAUGCUCAUCACCGGCAUUGACAAGGCUAAGAACUCGAUCUGCAAACAACACUGCGGCUACCUGCUUGCUCACAUCAACAUCUUCCAGCCGGUCAACUGGAUCCUCGUCAUGUCGGCCAAGGUGUUCCCCAUUGACUAUGUCAUCUUCUUGCUGAUUGUGAUGCUUUUCUUCAGCGCGAGCAUCCUCGGCAUCGCCACCAUCGGGAUCCGUGUCCUGUGGAUUACAAUCUUCAGGAUCCGUAAAGCUCACACGUCGCCCCAGGCAUUACUGGUGGCCACGGUCAUGCUCACUCUCAUGACGCUGGCUAUCAACUACUCAAUCGCUAUGAUGGUGGCACCACAAUACGCCACCUUUGGCCCUCAAACCUUCUGCGACUACCCAUUGAAACACCCGGGGGAACAACCUGACUGUAGUGAUCAUCCGCAGCAUAUUGUGCCGUGCACAGAGUCGACCGACAAUCCGGCCGCAAUGAAUGUCUGCACCCCCUCUGUGGUCUCGACGUUCCUCAACCGAGUCACAGUCAAUUUCCCCUUCUUCGGUGUUGUGGACUUCUGGGCCCAGUUCGUCUUCUUGGGAGUGUUCUUGCUCGCCUUCAUCAUUCUGCUGUUCCGUACACCCAAGCUAUCAGACGCAGAUACUGAGGAAGACGAGCUCGAGGAGGAAGAGGAAGGCCUGUUGGCAAGCACUGGUAGAAGAUUCGAUGCGACAUGGCAAGACAUCACGGGCAGGGUCAGCCAUUCGGGUAGGAGAAACCAGCAAGGAAGAGGGACGAGGGAAGGUCCCAGUCAUUGA